CAGUAGCAGUAGCCCUGGAACAACGGGCUACUCUUCCUUGGAGAAUUACCAAAAACAAAUCAUCAGUAAUGGGGCUAAAAUAUUACAUUUCAACGUUCAAACAUACACUGAGAAACCCUUCGGAAGAACGGAAUGAAGGGAAAGAGAGACGAUACCCAUGCGAUACAAACUAGGAUUGAAUUUGAUAUCUUUGUGGGCAACAAUCUUCUUAGCAUGUACGCGAAAUGUGAGCACAUAGAGGAUGCGCGCCGAGUGUUCGACGAAAUGCCUCAACGAGAUGUAGUUUCAUGGAAUGCUAUGAUUGCUGGGUAUGCGAAACAUGGCAGCAUGAACGCUGCACGUAAACUGUUUGAUGAAAUGCCUGAACGAGAUACUCUGUCGUGGAACACGUUGAUUGCGGGUUAUGCCCAGAGUGGGGAUGGGGAGAAGGCUCUGGAAGUCUUCUGUCAUAUGGGUGAAACAGAUAUAAAUGUGGGUCGUGAUCGAGCCACGUUUGCUAGCAUUCUCAAGGUAUGUACUAGUUUGGAGGCUUUGGAGCAGGGCAUGCAGAUCCACAAUGCUAUUGUCAAAUUGGGAUUCGAUUAUGAUUUCUUCAUAGGGAGUUCCCUUGUAGAUAUGUAUGGAAAAUGUGCAAAGGUAAGAGAUGCUCGUCAAGUGUUUGACAAAAUGCCUGAACGAAAUGUGGUUGUGUGGAAUGCCAUGAUUGCAGGAUAUGUACAGAAUUAUUGCUGGCAGGAGGCUUAUUCAGUCUUAGUCGAAAUGCUGCGCAAGGGAUUGAUGUUUAGCCAGUCCACAUUCGCCAGCAUUCUUAAGGCGUGUGCUAGCGAUGCAGCUUUGGAAAAGGGAAUGCAGGUACAUGUUCAUGUCAUUAAAACUGGAUUUGCUUUAGAUGUUAUUGUGGGGACCGCUGUUGUUGAUAUGUAUGCAAAAUGUGGGAGGAUAGAAAAUGCUAGCAAAAUGUUUACCAUGAUUCCUGACCACAAUUCCUUUUCAUGGAAUGCCAUUAUUGUAGGACAUGCCCAAAGCGGGGAUGGUAAGGGGGCACUGAAAUUGUUCUACAAGAUGCUGUGUGCAGGUUUUAAUUUGGAUCAAGUGACCCUUUCUAGUGUUCUCAAUGCUUGCACAUGCAUAACAGAUUUUCAGGAGGGUCGAGUAUUGCAUAGUUUUAUCAUCAAAAUUGGACAUGAAUUCAAUACUUGUGUAGGAAAUGCUCUUGUUGACAUGUAUGCCAAAUGUGGUGAUAUGGCGAAGGCACACCGAGUGUUCGACAAAAUGGUUGCAAAAGAUGCAGUCUCAUGGAAUGCAAUAAUUGCAGCAUAUGGAAAUAAUGGUUAUGAUGAAGAGACACUCUUAGUUUUUCACCAAAUGCUGGGCGCAGGGAUGGAGUUAGAUGAAUUUACUUUUGGUAGUGUUCUAAAGUCAUGUGCCAGCCUUGAAAUGCUGGAUCAAGGAAUACAGAUACAUAAUUAUGUUAUCAAAUGUGGACUAGUUUCCAAUGUGUUUGUUGGGAGCGCUCUUCUUGACAUGUAUUGUAAAUGUGGUAAAACAAAAGAUGCACAGAGACUAUUUAAUAGGUUGCCAGAACAAAACAUAGUUUCUUGGAACGCAAUGAUUGUGGGAUAUGCCAAGAAAGAUGGUGAGGAGGCAUUGAAGCUGUUCUUCCAUAUGCUACAACUAAGCAUGAAGCCAGACGAAUUCACCUUUGCUACAGUUCUUGAUAUCUGUGCUACCCUGGCAGCCGUUGGAUUUGGCAAGCAGAUUCACAACCACAUUAUCAAAGCUGAACUGAAUGUAGAUAUAUAUGUAGCCAGUGCCCUUGUUGACAUGUAUGCCAAAUGUGGAAAUAUGGCAAAUGCUCUAGAAGUGUUUGAAAAUAUGCCUGAAAAAGAUGCUGUCUUAUGGAAUGCAAUGAUUUCAGGAUAUGCACAGCAUGGGAAUGCAAAAGAGGCCCUCAACAUUUUUGAAAAGAUGCAACAUGUGGAUAUACAGCCAAAUCAAGCUACUUUUGUUGGUGUUCUGUCUGCUUGCAGCCAUUCAGGCCUUGUUGAUGACGGGUAUAUCUAUUUCAAUUCCAUGACUGAAGUUUAUGAGUUGUUGCCAACACAGGAGCAUUAUGCUUGCAUGAUUGACCUUGUUGGUCGUGCUGGAUUCCUUGACAAGGCAAUCCAAAUUAUUGAAACAAUGCCAUUUGAAGCUGAUGUUGUCAUUUGGCGGACUUUGCUUGCUGUAUGUAGGCUUCAUUGUAAUGUAGAUCUAGGAAAACAUGCAGCAAGAAUGCUUAUAGAUUUGGAACCAGAUGAUGCAGCAGCAUAUGUGCUUCUAUCAAACAUUUAUGCUACAGCUGGUCAAUGGGAUGAUGUAGCAAAUGUCAGAAAAGCUAUGAAACAGAAAGGGGUGAAAAAAGAUCCAGGAUGCAGCUGGAUUGAGAUCAAGAACAAAGUACAUACAUUUGUUGCAAGAGAUAAGUCACAUCCAGAUAUAGAGGAGAUCUAUGUCAAGUUGGAGGAGCUGACUAAGCAGAUGAAGGAUGCAGGAUAUAGGCCUGACACAACUGUGGUAUUGCAUGAUGUGGAUGAGGAGCUUAAAGAACAAUAUCUCUGGUAUCAUAGUGAGAAGCUAGCCAUUGCUUUUGGGCUCCUUAGGACACCCCCAGGCACACCUAUACAGAUUUUCAAAAACCUUCGUGUGUGUGCAGACUGUCAUACUGCCAUGAAGCUCAUAUCCAAGAUUGUUCGACGAGAAAUUGUGGUGAGGGAUGGUAGCCGUUUCCACCAUUUUAAGGGAGGAAUCUGUUCUUGCGGAAAUUAUUGGUGAUGAUAACUAACCCAAUUAACAAUAUAUUACAAGUCUUGUCAUCAACUGGCAAAGAUUUGUCAUAAAAUGUAGUGUUUGAAUAUGAGAUAUCACCAUAAGAGCGUUUUUCUU